AUGAGAAGGAGUUGGCUGCUAUCUUGUUUUUUGGCACAGCUCUUCUCAUUUUUUGGCCUGGUUUUCGCCAACACUGAGACCUUGGUUUUCAAAGUUCCCUCUGACUUUAAAUCUGAGAGUGCAGCCUAUUAUGACAUAACGAAUCCACACUUAUCUCUUGUCAAUACGAACCGCGCCAGCAAAGAAUUUGAAGUACCAAUUCGCACUGAAUUCUCAAUUGAGCUUCAUGGAAUGGAGGCGGGGGACACUUACAUGACAAAGUUGUGCUGGACGGCCGCGGAUCCAGUCGAUGUGCAAACAGUACGUUACGGUCCGAUCAGAAAGAAGGGCUCGAACGAUUUGACAUACGCCGUCGUUAUAAAACUCGAGCCGUUUUCGUAUCCCGAAAUCAAAACUACGACGGUUCCAAUCAUCGUGUCUGUAGCGGCCAUGCGUUUAGGGCUACCGGUGGAUCUCUAUUCCACUCUAAUUUAUAUAGCACUGGUCUUGACAGCUACCUAUUGCGCGUAUCGCCAUUUGCGUUCGAGUUUAUGGUAA